CACCCGCUCUUUCCAAGUUGUUACUUCCUCUUCUUCCAUUCCACUACUUGUCUCUUUCGUCCUAUCUAUCAUCUAUAAAACACCCACCAAUUUGGGUUCUUUUUCGCAGCACUUGACUACAUCAAAUUCCCCUUUUCUUCAAUUUAGGGACGCAAACAUAAUCCAAUUCUAGAUUCAUCUAAAGCAGAUUAAUGGCUUCCAUUAACAUGUCUUCUGCAUCCACCUCUUUACUUCGCUCAAAGAUGAUCACAAACUUCAGCUCAUACAACAGUCUUCACUCUGUAAAUCUUAUCUCAUCCAAUGGGCAUACAUCAGAGACAUUUCUCCAUCUCACUACCAAAUCAUGCUCCAAAACUAAACCUGAUGGUAGACUCAGAGCUUCACUAUUGCCUCUAGAUGGUGGUUUCAAUCAAAAAAGCAUUAAUGGUGUUAGUGUAUCAUCUGGAAUUCUGAUACAACCUGAUUCAAUAGCUUUGGGUACACUAGCAGCUGAAACCACUCCUACCAUGAACAGUUUCUCUAAUGAAGCUGAUGAAUAUGAUUUAGAUCAACCCACCACAGGCUUUUCAUCCAUUCCAGAAGCAAUUGAAGAUAUACGCCAGGGAAAGAUGGUAGUUGUAGUAGAUGAUGAAGACAGAGAAAACGAAGGAGAUUUGAUAAUGGCAGCAUCAUGUGUCACACCAGAAGCCAUGGCUUUUAUAGUCAAACAUGGAACUGGGAUUGUUUGUGUAAGCAUGAAAGGAGAAGAUUUGGAUCGUUUGGAGCUUCCAUUAAUGGUAACUCAUAAAGACAAUGAAGAGAAGCUCUCUACAGCAUUCACAGUAUCAGUCGAUGCAAAACAUGGAACAACUACUGGUGUGUCUGCCCGUGAUCGGGCAGCCACCAUUAAAGCUUUAGCUUCUAAAGAUUCACUGCCCGGUGAUUUCAACCGCCCGGGACAUAUAUUUCCAUUGAAAUACAGAGAAGGUGGUGUCUUGAAAAGAGCUGGACAUACUGAAGCUUCUGUAGAUUUAGCAAUGUUAGCUGGAUUUGAUCCUGUAGCUGUUUUAUGUGAGAUUGUUGAUGAUGAUGGUUCCAUGGCUAGAUUACCAAAGCUUCGGGAAUUUGUCAAAAGGGAGAACUUAAAGCUUAUAUCUAUUGCUGAUCUAAUCAGGUAUAGAAGGAAGACAGAUAAACUAGUGGAACGUGCUUCUGCUGCACGUAUACCUACUACGUGGGGCCCAUUUGUUGCGUAUUGUUAUAGAUCAAUCUUAGAUGGAAUGGAACAUAUUGCAAUGGUGAAGGGUGAGAUUGGUGAUGGGAAUGAGAUUCUUGUAAGGGUACAUUCGGAAUGUUUAACAGGAGACAUAUUUGGGUCUGCAAGAUGUGAUUGUGGGAACCAAUUAGCACUUGCAAUGCAACAGAUUGAAGAGGCGGGAAGGGGCGUUUUGGUCUAUUUGAGAGGUCAUGAGGGUAGGGGGAUUGGAUUAGGGCAUAAGCUUCGUGCUUAUAAUUUGCAAGAUGAUGGUCGUGACACUGUUGAAGCUAAUGAGGAGCUUGGUUUGCCUGUUGAUUCUAGGGAGUAUGGCAUUGGUGCUCAGAUAUUGAGAGAUUUGGGAGUGAGAACAAUGAAGCUGAUGACAAAUAAUCCUGCUAAAUACAGUGGACUGAAGGGAUAUGGUUUGGAAGUUGCAGGAAGAGUUCCUCUUUUGACUCCAAUUACAAAACACAACAAGAGAUACCUUGAGACCAAAAGAGCCAAAAUGGGACACGUGUAUGGAUCCUCUGGGAACAACAACAAUGGUGUCCCAAAUCUCAUCACUAAGAAGGAAAAUCCAACUGAUUAAGUUCAUCUUCAUCAAUUGACCUAAAUUCUUCUUCUUACUUACUUGGCUCUUUUAAAAACUUCAUAUAGGCCUCCCUCCAACUAAACUUAUAAAAUGUAAGAUGAAGGUAUUAAGAACCUGAGAAAAAUUCAUUCUUUCAAGUUGAUUUUUUUUACAUGAAUUUGUAAUACAUGGGAAAAAGAUGUUGCGAGUUUUGUUUAUGUAUGAUGUUAACUUAGAACAAUAAAAAAUGAAGCGACAUUUAGAUC